CAAACUCACGCUCUGUCAGCAUCCAGCGGUGGCAAGCAGGAACAUUGUGGAGUAGGCUAUGCAGGCGCGCUAAAGAGUUAUUACAGUUCAGUUCAGUCUGACAGUCAAAGCUUCGGAAAGGCACACACAGCGAGGAAUAAAACUGAAAACAGGGAGGGAAAUCUCACCGGUAUCUACUUUCUACACUUUGACUUGGGGACUAUUCUGGAGUGUAGCUAAAUGAAAAGAAGGCGACGCAUCAUAACCAAAUAGACGGCACUAUGGAGAGCAAGGGCAGCCGCUGUAAAAUCGUGGUGGUCGGCGAUACGCAAUGUGGCAAAACGGCAUUACUUCAUGUAUUCGCCAAAGACUCGUAUCCAGAGAAUUAUGUCCCGACUGUCUUCGAGAACUACACGGCGAGUUUCGAGAUCGAGAAACAGAGGAUUGAGCUGAACAUGUGGGACACAUCAGGCUCGUCCUACUACAACAAUGUGCGGCCGCUAGCCUAUCCCGACGCUGACGCUGUGCUCAUCUGUUUCGACAUCAGCCGCCCCGAGACACUGGACAGUGUGCUGAAGAAGUGGCAGGGGGAGACGCAGGAGUUCUGUCCUAACGCCAAGGUGAUAUUGGUGGGCUGUAAGCUGGACAUGCGUACGGACCUCAACGUGCUGAGAGAGCUGUCCAAACUCCGACUCAUCCCCGUCACUCAUGAACAGGGCACUACCCUGGCGAGGCAGAUCGGCGCCGUGGCCUACACAGAGUGCACGUCUAAGUACUCGGAGAACAGCGUCCGCGAUGUCUUCCACGUCACCACCCUGACCUCGGUAACGCGCCUCCACCGGCCCCAGCUAAAACGCAGCGGCUCACGCCGCGGCCUCAAGCGGGUCUCCCAGCAACCGCCCCGGACUGAGGUUCUGGAGCACCCCCCCGCCAUGAGAAAGAACCGGGCCAAGAGCUGUGUGCUCAUGUAGGGGUCAGACUAGCCAGACUGUACCAACUGACCCAAACGAUGUACAAAAGAGACAAUGUAUAUUAUAAAUGUACUUUAUUUAUUGGUUGAAAUUUUUUGGCCGCUGCAAAUUAAUGCAGGUCAUUGCAGCGAUGAUGACGAUUUUUCUUUUUAAACCAUCAACCUGUGGAGAGAGAACAACGGAGAAACGGACAAAAACGUGGAUUUGUUGGCUAUAGGAAGAGAGUGAGAGAGAAAAUGAGGGGAUGGAGGGGAUGAAUGAGGUCAUGAAAAAAAGGAAUGAAGCGGUUGGGAAAACUCAGACGAGCCAAUUGUAAUGAGAUUGUCCUGGAAUUAUUUUCUAUUCUGUCCUGUCUUGUCCUGAGAUGGCAUUUUAUGUAAGUGUUUAACUAAACGAAGCACAAAAAGAUGCACACAAAGUGUACCGACUUAAAUGUCAGGGAAUGAUAUUAUUAUUCCAUCUGAGACAACGAGAUGAAGCUUAACAAACCAAGGUUUCGUGCCCUGAGCGACAAAAAAAACAAAAAAACAAUGGGCCAACGUGACACACAUUUUCUAAACCCACAAGUGCUUUGGAGAGGGAAAAAACGUAACAAAUCACUGACACCACAUAACAUUGAUGUGUUACUGAAAAUUAACAUUUCAUAUUUGAACAAUUACUUUUGAGGGAAAUAUCAGAAGGAAAACGGUUAUGACACAGUUUUUGCUAUAUGUCUUGCUGUAUGUGUGAUGCUGAAAUAAAGUAACUUUCUCUGCUAAAUGAAGAGAAUUCAA